CUGCCCCCGGCCCGUAGCGAUUUUAAUGCGUCACGGGUUACGCCAUGAAUAAUAUUAUGCUAAGGCAGAACAACGUUCGAUUCUUACUAGAGGCGGCCGGGUCAGGACUACCAACUAAAUGGAAGUUCAGUCGCAUAUUGACUAUGCAGACCAGUUGUGGAUGUCACUGGAGCAAAACCACCCUUUCUUGAAGCGCGAGAACACAGGCAUUCAGGAGAAGAGAAAACAACUGCAGAGAAAGGAAGUAAUCAUCAGUGCCUUCGGUCGCCACAACUGUGGGAAAAGUACACUGCUGAACUUUAUCACCAGGAACCUCUGCCUUCCAACUAGUGAAAACAACGAGACAUGCAUUGAGAUCAAAAUAAAACACGACAGAACAGUUCAUCCUGGUAUCUGCAAAGAUCCAUGCAGUGGGAAAUGUCCACAACUUGUACAAGAAGUUGCAGCACAAAAUGCUCAAGUUGUGGCUAUUGGUGCAGACGCUAUCUCUAAAGCACUGCGUGAGCAAAAUGUACAGUGGCAUGACAAGGGGGAUUCUGGCAUUGAGCAGCAGAGCGGACGUCAUAUUUUCGUCCUCUAUGCCUACGUCCCGAUCCUCGAAGAGGCACCAGCAGGCUGGAAUCUUGCACUUGUUGAUACCCCGGGAUUUGGAGAGGCAAACGUCGACCACAUUAUGAAGCACACAGAUAUGCUGUUCAGUACCAGCACUGCCUACCUCUACCUGAUGGAUAGCACCAGCAUGGAGGAUAGUAUUGAUGGAGAAAACAUUGGGUUUCUGUUCAAACAUGACAAAGGGAUUUUCCAAGAUGGCAGACUCAUUGUUGCCAUCAACAAGCAUGAUGUUCGCUUAUCACAAGAGAGUCUUCGGCACAGCCGGAACCUAAGAUCGCUGAGCAGACACCCACAAGUCUCUGUUGCUAACAGCAUUCGCACACUCCAGCAGUCAGCUCUCGAUUUCAUAGCCAAAACCGUGGAGUGCCAUCCACCACCUCAUGUGGAAAUAGUUCCAGUGAGUGCGCAGUGGGGCGAGAUGGCUUUGUGGCUCCAUGCAAACCCGACAAUGAAUAUGAAAAGAAGCAGGCCCGCCGCAUCAUUGAGGAUUACCCAGAUAGUCAGCCUCAGGGGCAGGGAGGGUGCUGAGCAUGGGUCCCCAGGAAAUGUCUGGGACCCUGGAGAGCAUGAGUAGACUGCUCACUCUGGAGGACAAGUUGAGAGGGAUGAUCCGGCAGUGUAUUCACAUCUGGAAGAUUAGUCUGGCAAAUUCAUAUGCUGGCUACCUUAGAAAAGCUAAAUCAUCACUUCAAAACCGCAAGCAAGAGUUCGAGAGAGAGAGAAAACGUAUUAAAGAUCAAAAGGCUCUGGUUGAAAGAUACAAUGCCAAGAAGGGACAGAUAACUGGUCUGGCCUACUGUGAAAAAGGUGCAAAGGCAGAGAUUGAAACACGGCUCGAGGAGAGAUAUGACGACGUUGAUGUUGAGGCUGCAAAGCGCCUCCUUCACGGCAGGAUCGAAGAAAUGGUCAAGACUUUGAUUCAGGAAAUGAAAAACAACGUGGAACGACCAAGAAAACCGUUCUUGCCGAGAGAUUUUGAGCAGGAGGUGAAAAGGUUCCUUGAGGAAGAGGCUGAGAGGACUCUCAAUACGGAGCAGUUCAACAUGAAACUGGAGGGAGUGGCAGCUGCGUUCAGAGAGUCUCUGGGAGAAAUGGAGGACCUCGAGCGCGAGGUAGACGACAUUGCUCGUCAAAUCUUGCCACCAAACUGGACUCCUCCGGAUGACACGUUGCGCAGGGAGAGAGCCAACAGAGGAAGCAGGGAGGAAGUAGUCAGUGACGAGGUACUGAAAAAUCAGCAGUUAACUCUGAAGGACCUCCACGAAAAGACCAAGGCACCUGAAAUAAGGAUUGGGUUUUUUAAGAGGAUUUGGAACAGUGUGAGGAAUUUUUUUGGAAUGAAAGUUGAAGAGCAAGCAUAUGAGUGAGUUCUAUGCAUACACACAACAGCUAUCGUUGUAGAAUAUCAGAAGAGCAAUAAUUUUAUGCCUUUAUACAUAUUCAAUCACAGUCACACCUCUGAAAAGACCAUCCUACUAGAGUACCUUCUCUGUAAAGAACAUUAAGAUUCUGCCCCUCUAAUAAUAAUAGCUAACUAGUGUCUCUCUAAGUAAGAGACCUCUCUCAAUAUUCAGUGUCUCAAGGUUCCUCUUAUUUCACUGUAAACUGUAGUAUUUGCAGUGGCUUUCUUCAGAGUUUUGAUAUGCAUUGUGUUCAGGAGGUGGACUCCAGAAAUAGAUGAUGCAUUGAGUGGUCUCAAAACAGAGCUGACCGUGGCAGUGGAUUCUUACAUCACUGACACUCUCAAGAAAUGGGUGGUUCAGGAGGUGUUUAGCCCUGCAUACCGAAACAGAGUUAAGUGCAGGUGCAUGGCUUUGCUGGAAACAUUUGAACCUGCCAUCGGAGAGGCAAAGUCAAAAGUAAGCAAUGAUGAACUUAAAUUAGUGAGGUGUCCCAAUCAUUAUUGUAGUCACACUUGCCAUUACCGUCCUACAUCCAG